GUUUACGCGAGUGCUAACACGAUGCACAGGUUAUCCAAGAUUUUCCAGCCUGCGUUGAUUAUACCGAAAAAUGCAACAGUUAAAAAUCAAGAUAUCACUUCCAAGAGUCAAAAGCUGAUGCUGGAACAAGGUCUGAUCCGACAGGCCGGCAAUGGUACAUUUCACGUACUGCCUCUGCUGCAACGGGCUGUCGAAAAAGCAGUCAACCUUAUUGAUGUUCACAUGCACUCGAUUGGCGCUCAAAAGCUAACGCUUCCCUUGUUAACAUCUGCAGAACUUUGGAAGAAAAGUGGUCGUUUAGGAGAUGCACACAGCUCCAACAGCCCACCGACGGAACUUCUACAAACCACCGACCGGCACGGAAAGAUGCACAUCUUAGGCCCGACUCACGAAGAAUCAAUUACAGCUCUCUUGGCGGCAAUCGCUCCGGUCAGCUACCGUCAGUUUCCAAUUAGGUUGUAUCAAAUUUCAACCAAAUUUCGGGAUGAAAUGAAACCAAGAUUUGGGCUGAUGCGAGCCAAAGAGUUUCUUAUGAAGGAUCUGUAUACGUUUGACGUAGAUCGAAUCAAAUGCCGGCAAACAUAUGAGGAAGUAAAUGAAGCAUACGAUCGGUUGUUUUCCAAAAUAGGCGUUCCAUUUGUUAAGGUUUCCGGUGACUGUGGCACCAUGGGAGGCUCGUUGUCUCAUGAAUACCACUUUCCCAGUGAAGUUGGCGAAGACCAGUUGGUGCAAUGUGUGCGCUGUGGGGUUCGUUCAAAUUCGGAACUGUUUGAAAAUCUAAGCCAACAGUGCAAAACUUGCAACGGAAAGUCGGAAGACUUUGAACGCCAAGCUGGGAUCGAAGUGGCACAUGCAUUCAUCCUGGAAGACCGUUACACGAAAGCUCUCGGGGCAACUUGCCUACAUCCGAAUGGUAAACCUGCGCCACUGCAAAUGGGGUGCUACGGAAUUGGAGUCACACGCCUGAUUGCGGCUGGUAUAGAGGUUCUAUCGGGUGAGAAGGAAAUACGAUGGCCUCUUCCGCUAGUACCCUACCGUGUGUGUAUAAUAACGCCAAAGGCUGGUAGCAAAGAAGAACUUGCAGCCGCUCCCUGGGUUCAUCGUAUGUAUAACAGCCUGCAAACAGUGAAAGGUUGUGAAGGAGACAUUAUUGUCGACGACCGCGAUCAGCUCACGAUCGGAAAGCGGCUGCUGGAUGCACGAAAACUUGGUUACCCUCUCAUAGUGAUAGUUGGUUCAAAGGCAACCACGAUAGGAGAAGAGGCUUUCGAGGUCCACAACCUCAUCGACGGAACAGAGCGAACCCUUUCAUUUGCGGAUAGUUUGGCCUCAAUUAGCGCGGUUUUAUCGGAUCCAGAAAAAGAUCAUGGGUACUUAAAAAUGAAAGUAGAAACGCAAAUAUAA